GAGAGGAUAUUGAUUACUGCUAGAGACUCCGAAGGUAAGGCCGGGGCUUUCCAGGUCAUGUCUCAAUUAUUCAAAACUACAAUGGACUUGCCUCCCCGCAUCCAAGCCAUCUGCUGGGCUCAAUUUUGGGCGUGGAUUGGCUGGUUUCCAUUCCUUUUCUACAGCACCACCUGGGUUGGUGAGACAUAUUUCCGUUAUGAGGUUCCAAAGGAUGCGACGUAUCCGACCGACAUGCUUGGCGAGGUUGGCCGAGUUGGCAGUUUGUCACUGGUCGUCUUUUCAUCCAUAACAUUCUUCAGCUCUGUUCUGUUGCCAUUCUGCGUACAGCCUCCGGAUGACAGGAGACCCCGAUUUACACCACGACCCCCUCCAGGGAUUGCCGCCUUGCUGAAGAAGAUCGCUUUGAUACGACCGGACUUGCAGACGACCUGGUUGAUCUCCCACGUGAUGUUUGCAGCUACUAUGAUCUUCGCACCUUUGGCCCGAUCCCGGGCAUUUGCAACCUUUUUAGUAGCCUUGUGUGGAAUUCCGUGGGCGGUCAGCAGCUGGGCCCCUUUCGCCUUCAUGGGUGUGGAGAUAAACAAGCUGGCCCUAGGCCCAACUCAAGCAUCGCGUCUGGCCGGUGUCACUAUGAUCACAUCUUCCAGUAUCCGUUCUGGGGCUUACGGUGAUAGAAAUGGAGAUACGGAGAUGGACGUGCUGCGUCUCAACCACAACGACACAGACAGCGAUAGUGACACAGAGGGUGGUGCCUCCGAUCUACCAUCAACAGGUGAAUUGGCUGGCAUUUACCUAGGCGUGCUGAAUGUGUACACGACACUGCCACAAUUCGUCGGCACAUUCAUCAGCUGGAUAGUAUUCAGUGUUAUCGAGCCAGGUAGCACAAAGCGAGAUGCCUCGGAGACGCAAUGGAUGAACCUCGAUAAGGGUUCGCCCAAUGCCAUCUCGAUCUGUCUGUUUAUUGGCGCGCUAAGUACGCUUGUGGCCAUUGAAGCGACUCGACGCCUACGUCACACUCGAUAGUGAUCGUGGCUUUCUCUCUUCUACGGUAUAUCUUUUCUAUCACGAUGAAAAGAGAGUCUACUUUAGACUCUCUGAUAUUAUACUAUCUGAUACCCAGAUUCAUUCAGCGAUGUAUUAUUUGUGAGUAUAUGGGACAUGUCUGAAGUGGCAUUUUUCAGGCACAGACCGACUGAGCCUGCGCUGAUGAUUGAUUGGCCUUGACAUAUUUGGGGGAUUUGUUCGCCACAUACAUAUUG